GACGGAUAUCGGUUGGUUUUAGAAUAUGCAGAUGGGGGAACACUUCGUAGAUAUUUAGAAGAAAAUUUCUCCGAUCUUAAUUGGCAAAAUAAAUACAAUUUGGCUUUACAAUUAUCGCAUGCAAUAAAAUGCUUACAUGAUGAGGAAAUACGUAUCGAGAGUAAUAGU